AUGGGAGAGGACGCCCAGGCGCCCUCGGAGGCCGAGUUGCUGCGGUGCAGCGUCCCAGGCCGGAUCAAAGGGCCCAGGAGGCGGCAGCCCCGCACAGCUGUGUCUGCGCGGCCGCCCGCAGGAAGCACCGGGGCAGCCCUCGCGGCAGGCCCGGCCCCGGCCCGGCGAGGCUGCCGAGAGGCCCUGCGAGGCGCGCGCGCCGGCGGCGAACGGCUCUUCGCAGCCAAGUGCAGCGGCUGCAUGGAGAAGAUUGCACCCACGGAGUUCGUGAUGCGCGCGCUGGAGUGCGUGUACCACCUGGGCUGCUUCUGCUGCUGCGUGUGUGAGCGGCAGCUACGCAAGGGCGACGAGUUCGUGCUGAAGGAGGGCCAGCUGCUGUGCAAGGGCGACUACGAGAAGGAGAAGGACCUGCUCAGCUCCGUGAGCCCCGACGAGUCCGACUCCGUAAAAAGCGAGGAUGAGGAUGGAGACAUGAAGCCGGCCAAGGGGCAGGGCAGCCAGAGCAAGGGCAGCGGGGACGACGGGAAGGACCCUCGGAGGCCCAAGCGGCCUCGGACCAUCCUCACCACGCAGCAGCGGAGAGCCUUCAAGGCCUCCUUUGAGGUGUCGUCCAAGCCCUGCAGAAAGGUCCGAGAAACGCUGGCGGCAGAGACAGGCCUCAGUGUGCGUGUGGUCCAGGUCUGGUUUCAGAACCAAAGAGCAAAGAUGAAGAAGUUGGCUCGGAGGCACCAGCAGCAGCAGGAGCAGCAGAACUCCCAGCGGCUGGGCCAAGAGGUGCUGUCGAGCCGGAUGGAGGGCAUGAUGGCCUCCUACACGCCCCUCGCCCCACCGCAGCAGCCAAUCGUGGCCAUGGAGCAGAGUCCCUACGGCAGCAGUGACCCCUUCCAGCAGGGCCUCACGCCGCCCCAAAUGCCAGGUGACCACAUGAACCCCUAUGGGAACGACUCCAUCUUCCAUGACAUUGACAGUGAUACCUCCUUAACCAGCCUCAGCGACUGCUUCCUCGGCUCCUCAGACGUGGGCUCCCUGCAGGCCCGGGUGGGCAACCCCAUCGACCGCCUCUACUCCAUGCAGAGCUCCUACUUCGCCUCCUGAGGGCCUGCCAGGCCGCACGGACGGACGCUUGGGCCAGGGAUGAGGGGACGGCGGCCCAGGAGCUGCCCCACAGACUCUGCAGACAGCCAUAUGGUGCCCUCCCAGUGGCCAGCCAGGCCUGGCUGAAGUCCCCAGCGGGCACAACCAGAGAGGAAGAUGGGCACAGCCUGGGCAGGGGCCGUUCUGCUCACAGAGACCUUGACGCCUCCAGGGACCCCGCGCUCUCAGACGGCCACUCCCCUCCCAGCCCCACCAUGGCCGCCAUCACCUCCUUCUCCGGCCCUGUCUCUUUUUUGGGAAGCUUAAAUUCUCUCUAUUUUUUUAAACGUCCUGUCUGUGUCCAGCCGGCUGUGUGGCCGGGCCGGGGCCUCAGAGCAUGCCCAGGAUGCUGACGGGUGGCACUGUCCCUGUCCCCAGGAGGUACGAGUGUGCCCGUGUCCCUGACUGGCAGAUGCUCUGCCUCCUCCCCAGAGGGCAGGCCCGCCAGCCUGAUCCAGCCCACCUGGAACCCCAGAGAAGCCAGGCCCCCAGGGCUCUCCCCUGGAGAGGGCUCACCGGGGACACAGGUGCGGAGCCCCGGAGGGGGUCCGACUGAGUGGAGGCAGACACAGAGGGACAGAUACACCUACCAACACACGCACACUUAAAGGCACCACAGACAGACACACAGGCAUGCUGCAGGAAACAGAAAUCUCCCUGGUCUGCCCUGCCCACAGCAAGAAAUAGACGUGAGGCUAGGGUCAGAGAGAGGAGGCCAGGUAGGGGCAGGGCCCCCCCACCCCUCUUAGGGCAAUUGGAGAGGAAGGAAGGAGGAAUGGGAGUAGAGAGAAAGGACCGGAUAAAGUCAAAGCCCCAAGUGGGCCCCAACGGUGUCCCACCUGGUCCAGAUAGUGGCUACUUGAGUGGGCGGGGCCACCCAAGACCCAACCAACUCCAGGUCAAGACUGGGCCCCUGUAACCAAAAUAGGCUCCAUUCAAGAGCCUUCAAGUGGAAAGGGACCUCAAAUGUUACCUGCUUGGAACUCCAUCUGAUGUUUGACUCCUGCCCAAGCCACCUCUGCCUCCACUUGCAUACCUCCAACGACAGGGAGCUCACUACCUUAAUUGGGCCCCAAGUCUACUGCCUUUCUUCUUGGCUGCACCUCUGCCUCUUUCAGCCCUGAGUCUUCAGUUCUCUAAGCCAGGCCUUUCCAGCUCCUCCAGCAGUUCCUCUUGAAACUGUGGUCCCAUGCUCCUUUGGAAGGGCCAGACCCAACCUUGACAUUGACACCAGCCAGCCCAACGUGGCAGGCCCCUCCUCUGUCCUCUUCCGGCUCUGUUAAUGCGGCUCACAGGCCCUUCUGUAAGCGACUCCCCCGGCCCUCACAACAGCUAAGCCACAACAUGGAGUGGGGACAUGGGAGAUUUAGACUUGAGUUGCAGGCCCCGGACCUUUUUCUUGUCAAUGCCACCUUCUCUAACUCAGCGCACCCGGCAGGCUCUGCAGCCCGGCUCUGUGGGGGCCGGGCUGCCCUCCCACCCAUGCCCAUCGACCCUCGGAGUCUCACCCAGGCCAAGGUGGGCCCUGUGUGGAGCAGGACUGGACUGGGGCUCUCUUGCUAUCCAGGACUGGCCCAUUACCCAGCCCUCUUUGGAUGGUGGGUCGCAACUGCACGUCCAAGCGGCUCACCCACCAGGAGUUGUGCAGGACUUUGCCAAAGGCCUGCUGGGAACCAGAGGGGCAGUAGCAACGCCAGCCCCCCUCAGUUCAAACGAGGAAGCGAGGAGGAGGCUAGUGCGCCCUGUUCUCAGUGACCCCACUGUGCCCUCUUCCAGGUGCUCAUGGUCCCGCCUUUAAUUCACAAGUCCAGCCCAAGACUCCUCACCCUGAGGUGGCCUGAUUCCACCAGAGGGCACACACGGACCUCCUCUCUGCUCCGCCCACUUGGGUCCUCAACGUUCACCAAACUGCUAGUGGUUUGGCCUGGGGAAGCCCUGUUCCUCGGGAGCAGUAUACCCCUGGUGUCUGCAGGCCCCUCGCCCUGUCCAGGUGUCUGGGCUCGCCCUUGUCACGGGGAGGGGUGGUGGAUGGGAAGCCGGAGGCAAUAUCACCCCUCGGGUCUGAGCAGGCAGCCUGGCCCUUCUGUGAGCUUCCUGCUCUGCACAGCGCUACAGAGAGGGUCGCAGCCUUUCCCCCUGCAGCCUCAGCCCACCCAGGGCCCGGCCCAUACCUUGGCCCUGUGCCUCUCUGGCCCCUUGAGCAGCUGGCCAGAGGGAGCCCCCCACCUCUCUCCCUUUGCAUAUGCACAGUGAGUCCUGCACAGGGCAGCUCUGGGGGAGGCCUGGCCCAUAGCUCCCUUGGGAAAGGGUCAUUUUGUCCAUCCCUUGAGCUUUAAGCUGGCUCAGCUGCCCAGGAGAGGCAAAGGGACCUGGCCCGUCGUGUCUCACAGUCCACAAACGACCUUGGGGCUCCAAGCAGGAACAUUCGGCCUGUCUCCUCCUCUCCCCCUCUCCUUCCUCCAAGUCCUCACCAGGAUGACCUCUGGGUCAGGUUCAUGGUGUGUUCUUAGCCAAGUCUUGAUGGUCCCUGGGGUCAUCAGUGUCUGCUGGGCCCUCAACAAGUCCAGGCCUCCUGAGUCUACCCCAGACUCUCCCCUGUACCCCCCUCCGCCACCAUGCUAGCAGCUGGUCUGGGGCACUGGGGUCCGUGACCACAAAUGGUUAAGGCCAGAAGAGCCCCCUGGACAGGGGGGUGGGGCACAGAUGGCCAAGAUGCAGGGCCUGCUCAUGAGGAACUAUCUAGAAGGAGAAGCAGGCACUUGCCAUCUCUGAUUGCACCCAGUUCACUGCACCCAGAACCCCAGGCUCAGAGAGGGAAGAGGUCAGGGUCACCCCAUAGAAGCCCAGCGAGCCCGGGCUCUAGGGGGAGCUGAGGUGUGGGUGAGCAGGCUCUUCCCAAUGCAUGGGAGGCAGCACAGCUGGGCCCACCCCGACACACAACCCCGCCUUGCUAAGGGACCCAUUAGCACCUCGGAGCUGGCGGUGUGGAGCCCAAGAGAAGAGACAGUGUAACCAACUGGCCUCCAGAGAUGGGCAGGUGGUGAGAGGCAGAAGGGCGAAUCUGGGGGUCAGGGAGACUCAGAGGGAGGACGGUAUCUGGCCUGGGUCCCACAGAGUCAGGACAGAGUAGGGCCCAGUGCCGGACUCCUGCCCCAGACAGAACCUUGCCUUUCUCUCCCUCACCCCCC